AGUCCAGCUCCCAGGUCACACACAGAGGAGCGAGGACAUUUUGUCAAACCAAAACACCCGACGGGCACGAGGAAAGGCUGGGAGAAGAGAGAGGAAGAAAGUGAGGACAAUGGAUACCACGUCUUCACUCUUAAAAUCUAUGACCAAGCGGGUCUGGUCCCCGCCUCAGCGACCUUUCAGAGUCUGCUGUAACAGAAGAGAGACCAAGAAAGGGAUCACGGCAGGAACCCUGAUGGAGCUGAAAGAGAGGGUAUGCCAGGCGCUGCUGCUGACCAUUUCUGCAGCAUCCGUGUACCUGGUUUGUGAAGAGGACGGGACUGAAGUGGAAACUGAUGAGUUCCUCAUGACCUUACCUGACAACACCGUGCUUAUGGCCCUAGAGCCUGGACAGACAUGGAAACCUCAGGCAGGUUCAGUUGUGCUUAGGAACCAGGACAAGCCUCGCACUGGUAGAGACAUCGCACGAGUCACCUUUGACCUCUACAAAAUAAGCCCCAAGGAUGUGUUUGGCUCCCUGAGUGUGAAGGCCACCUUCCAAGGCCUGUACUCAGUGAGCGCCGACUUUCAGUGUCUGGGGCCCAAGAAGGUCCUCAGGGAAGUGCUGCGUGUCGCCUCCACCCUCCUUCAGGCCGCCGGGCACCUGCUUAUCACCUCAGCAUCCAUGAUCCGCCGUAUUAUCGAAGGCACUGAGCUCUGGCAGACGCAGAGGACCGAGUACACAGCCAGCUGGCAUUAAAAGCCGGCUGGUGCUGUUGACUCAAAAAUGAAGACGUUGCUUUGGGAUGUUUUUGACUUUGCUCUUACAAUUAGACAUUUGACAGGGUAACAGUAUUGCUAAUGUAAGUAGAUUUUCUCCUUAAAAUAACCAGAAACCAAACAGUGACAAUAUUAAAAGCAAUAUAUAUAUAUAUUUUUUGAUGAGUGAGCUAUUUAGUCUUUUUUUUCUGAUUGUGCAUGGUCUCUUUUAGAUUUUGUUUAUGAUUACUCGGUACGUCACAAUAAGGAAUCUGAUCAUAUUAUCACAAUCAGAUGUGUAACUAAGCAGUGACAUAAAGAACUUUUCAAGGCCCCUGUUCUAAAAACUCUUUGAGUUUUAGGACAUUUUGAGGGCCGAAUGCUGAUUACGUCAUUUAUAAAGAGUUGUGCCAGGAUUGCUUUGACAGGUCUAAAAGUCAAAAACAAGUUUGUUUUUUUGUUUGGAGGGCAAACAAAGACAACAGUUUGAGCAGCACUGUGUAGCUGGGUAAGAAGAAAAUAAGUGCCUCAUUAUGCUUGCAUCUUUUGGGUUCUUUUUCGUAUGUUUUUCUUUGAUUUCCUGUGUGUGUUUCUUAUGGAGGGCCAGAAGGGAAAGCCAAACCCCCCAAAAAAACAUAAUCUGUAUAUAAUAGGUAUUUAUGCAUGUGAUACUUUGAAUAAAACAGUAAAAAAUAAAUGUACCAAAUAAAACGAUUAUUAAGAAUGAUCAACAUUGAUGUGAAUGUCUCAACACUAUAUAUGUAAUAAUUAGAUGCAAGUCAUCAAUUAAAUCUUUAAUUUAUAACAGGUCAAACUCAUAUAUGAUUAUUUUAGUAGCGUGAAGGUAGGCGUAGAGUUAAAAUGAUUACUCUAAUUUAAUUCAAAUUAUAAGUAAAUGUAUAUAAAAUUAACAGAUUUGAGAAUGAACCCUUUAAAACAUCUCUAAAUAACUUCUCUCUCUCUUACUAUGUUGACGUUUUGCAAAAUCCUAAUAUUUAUGCUAUCUUAA